ACAAGUGUAUUUCAAUUUUGUGUUUCCGAAAUAAUUAAUUCUAUUGUCUUUCUUCUUAGAUCGCAUAUAAAUAGUUCAGGCGUUUCACUCAUUAUCUUGAGAAAUAUUGCUUCAUUUUUUAAAAAUGGGUCAAACAAACGCAGAGGAUGUUUUUGGGAAAAGAAUAGAUCGUUGCUUAACAGAUGCCUUACUGAAAUUUAGUGGGGGAAUAGCAGUGGGCACUAUUCUUUCGUUGCUGUUCUUGAAACGUCGCUCUUGGCCAAUAAUAAUGGGAUCUGGCUUUGGUGUUGGUAUAGCCUACAACAGUUGUGAACGUUCAUUAAACUCAAUUAGAUAAAAUGUUAAAUUUAUCUGUAACUGUGGUGUGUUAAGAGUUCCUAAUAAACAUCGUAGUCUUUUGAGCU